ACGGCACGGAGCGGGGCCUGCGGGGCGUCAGGGGACCCGUUCGAGCCCUUCUGCCCGGGCCCCGCAGCCCGAGCCCCUUCCCUGCCCGUUCUCCCGCGCAGAGCCGCUGCUCGGGACGGGAGCGGCGAGCUCGGAGCCGGGGCAGGCCCCGCGGCCCUCCGGCGAUCCUCGGCUAGGAAUUUUCCCUCGUCUUGUGGAGCCAGAUCCCCGUGGAGAAGGGAUGCUGUCACUUUGUAACUCCUCAGAGUCCACGACGUCGCCAUGAGCUGGGGUUUGAUUUGUUUUUCCUCACCGUUCCCUCUGGUAUAGGUACUUUAUUCUGUAAAUGCAGGUUCUGUGCUGCGUGUGGCACCUGCCUGUUCACCGCUGCUGCUGGCUAUUGGAUUUCACAUUAUGGCAUUGACGUGGUUUUAAGUUUUUGGUUGGUAUCCUCAGCUUUGUAUGGUGGCCUUUCCUAGGCUCUUUCAAGCCAUCAGUAAAAAUCCAUUGCAUAACAUCUGCUCAGUUUUAAAAAUGAGCGGUGACUCUUUAUUUCUCGCAGACAUAUUUUAUUUCUUUGGGAGCCUGUGUAGAGCAACUUAGAAAACAAAAAAAUAGUGUGUUUUAAAAACUAGAGGUAGGUGUCCAGUUUUGAGCAAGGUGCUGCAAAGCACGAGCUCUCCUGUCUGGUGCCUUAAAAUAAUAUUUAUUUGAAAUAAAAUGAGAUUGUUAGUAUUAUCUGAGAUUUCUGUUUAUAGCACCAGUUUUUCAGUUUGGCAUUGGGUAUCAGUAAGUUCUUCUCCAGCAUUGCUUUGGUAAAUACAACUUUUUCUUUUUCAGUACUUCCUAUGUCAGGCAAAACACACUACAGUUCUUUAACUCCUCCCCUUUUUGGGCAAGGGGAACCACUCCUUCACUUCGAGUUUCCUUUCAGGAGCUCAUCCUUAUCUUUAGAAGAUAAAUAGGCAGCUAAAGCUUUCUAAUGAAUAUACUUUUAAAAGAGAUUCAUGUUAAACUUUCUUUUUGCUUAAUAAGCAUUAAAAUACAGAAAUAACCACUUUUGAAGGAAAAAUAAAUUCACUGCGUGCAUAGAUCUGGGAAAGGCCAAAGGUAUUUUGGGUGGAGAGCUCUAAUUCUGCAGGGAAGAGGCAGAGAUUUCCUUGGAAGAUUUUUUGCACUGUUUGAGUGCAUCCUAUUUUGUACAUGGCUGGAGUUCACAAGCUUUAAUAACUCCGGAACAUUCCCAUCAUUCUAUUUGAAUGUGUUUGUUCUUCAAGUUCUUUUUUUUCCUUAGAGCAACUCUGGAUGGUGUCAACUGUAAAAGCAAGGACCAUUUUUUCGCUCCAGUGAGUGGACUUUCCCAGCUUUGCCUUACAAAGGAGGAUGAUGUUCUCCCCGAGACUUACAGCCCCUGGAAUGUUAUUCUGCAUUUUUAAAUAGGAUCUCUUCCUUCAGUGAUGAAUGUGUAGCCAGCUCUGUCUGACUACUUCCCAAAAAUUGGAAGAGCACUGAAGAAUGAAUGCACAAAGAAGCAGUAAAUCUUCUGCUAGCCAUUUAUGCCUUUGCAGCCUGUCAAAGGCAUGGAUCAAUUUCCCUAACUUGUUCCUACUUUUGCUUAUUUUACACUAACUCUCAUUCUUCUCCCCUCAGCCUGGAUGGUUUUCUUUAUGCCUGAAGCUGAUAAUGUCUUUCUUUGGUAUUGAGGAUCAAAGCUCAAAUUCCCCAGUGCUGUCUUGGAAGGUUUUUCACAUAGGCUUGACAUAAAAUUUGAUUACAUGGAAAGAUGGUGCAGCGGGAGGCGCAACUGGACUGCAGCAAGAGACCUGCAGAGAUACAGAAACCAUUACCCAGAUUUGAAAGAUCCAGAGAAUGAGGAGGAAAAAAAUAUGUGCAACUUAAGCUUUUAUAAAAAUGAAGCUGUUUUCUUGCCCCAUGGUGAGUUUAUUGAAACUCUGCUUUCAUCUUGGGGGGACAAGUAUGAAACACUAGAAGAAAACCAUUCUUACAUACAGUGGCUGUUCCCUUUACGUGAACAUGGGAUGAACUGGCAUGCCAAGCCACUCACCUGUCAAGAAAUUCAGGCCUUUAGGAAGUCCAAGGAAGUUAUGGACAGAUUUAUCCGUGCUUACAAGCUCAUGCUGGGAUUUUAUGGAAUCAACUUGGUCAAUGUAGAAACUGGAGAACUUGAGAGAGCAGAGAAUUGGCGUGAACGGUUUGAAAACUUGAACAGGUUCAGCCACAACAAUUUGAGGAUUACACGCAUCCUGAAGUGCCUGGGGGAGAUGGGAUAUGAAGACUAUCAAGUGCACUUGGUGAAGUUUUUCCUCACAGAAACUCUUGUUGAGGAGACAUUACCAAAUGUCAAGAGAAGUGCCUUGGAUUACUUCCUGUUCACUGUCAGAAGCAAAGAAAAGAGGAGAGAACUCGUCCACUAUGCUUGGCAGCACUUCAAACCUCGGAGUAGCUUCGUGUGGGGGCCUCGUGACAAACUCCAGAAGUACAGACCCCGCUCUGCCAAGCCACAGCUGCACCAAAGGCCUGAGGAUAAACAGGACACUCUGUGUCAAAAAUGUGGUGAUCCUGUGGAGAAGGAUCAGAACCAGUCUCCAGAGGUGGAACAGAAAGCUGGAGAUGCUGCAGAGUUGCAUCCUGGAAUGAGUGAUGAAUGUGCAAAGGAGAAGGUAAGCAAAUGUGUUUUGAAGGUAGAAGAUGAAGAAGAGAAAGAAGCCUCAUUUGCCCAGCUGGAGGAAAAGGAUUUUGAAAGUGAAGCUGAAGAAGGGCAGGGUACCACAGAGACUGACUGCACAAAGGAGAGCAAGAAGAGAAAACUGAAUGCAAAUUUGGCAGAUGCUAAAGGGGAUGAAUCACUGAAAAACUCUGCUGAUAUUGAAAACAUUUCCCAUAAUCUGGGAGAGUGUGCAAUUGAUGCAGAGAUCCCCUCCUCAGACCCAGUCUCCCAAGCAGAAGAGGAUCAGGAAGCCCUGAAGGAAGAUGAUUCAAGCAUCAAAGAGCCGGCGGCGCCAGAGGCCGUGGAUGCAGGUGUGAAACGCAGGAAAGUUGAUAAAAGAACACUGAGAAACAAACCAGUCAACUUGGCCAUAAACCUGAGCAUGGGGCCCUCAGCCUCUGGUGCCAAGGCAAAUUCAUCUGCUGCUAACGGUGAGGCUGGAAAAGAAAAUGACAGUGAGAAAAAUGCAGCUGUGGAAGUGCCAAGUGAGGAGGGGGGUGGUGGUGGUGAUGCAGAUGAUGGGGAGGUGAGACCCCCAGCUGCUUCCAGGACCUCCAGGACUGGCUGCACUGCUCCAAUCAAGGAUGGCUGCAAGUCAGAUGGAGAUCAAGAUUCAGAGGGAGGUGAUCAGCAGCACUGCAACAGCAAACUCCUGGGGGGUGAAAGUGAACUAGAUGGGGUAGGACAGCAGGAAAAGGCAGGUGAAAAAGGGCAAGCAGAAGACACAGACAAGAAGCAAGCUCCAGAGAGUCAUGAGGAGAGCAAUGCACCCACUUGUCCUGAAGAGAACAGUGCUGAGGUCCCACCAGAAGAAGGUGAAGGCUCUGAGAAUGCAGCAGAGCCUGGUGGAGAGCAGGGAGCAGCAGAGUGAGAGCAGCACGGCGAGCAUCCGAACCAGCAGAGAUGGCACUGCCCUGUGUGCUGGGAGCCAGCUUUGCUGGCUUGGAGAACUGAAUAAACUUCCUUUGGGAUGAUCCAGCUGGCCCCUGGCUCACUUUCACUUUUCCAUGGGUUUUUAAUCAUCUCUAGUAAACUCACUGAGAUCCAGCUCUUGGUUACCCUAAAGAGGAAAACCCUUCAUUUAUUCAUCUUCGCAGACAGGCCAUGUCCUGUUCCUGGGUUUUAUCUGAUGUUCAGGGCUAUCUUGGAGGAAUGGGGAUUUUUGCACUUGGCUUUGAUUCUGGUUAUGCCCCUACUGAAAGAGAAGAGGAAAACUGAUCUGUCUCCUUGUUUGAAUUACUUAACUAUUUAUUAAAGACACGAUUUUUAAUGUAACAGCAUGACCUAAUUUGCCAGGCCUUUCUACUGUUGUGUAACUUUGUUAUUGUGAAAGGCUGUACCUUACCAGGAGUAUUUUUUUUCCUGGCAAAAGUGCUGUUUCUGUAAAAGAGAUGAGUAUAUGGAUUUCACAUGAUGUCAGUGUAGUUGCCUUUCCUCUGGUAAGGGAAAAUAGGUUUGGCUUUAGACUGGGAUAAAAACUAGCCAAAAUGUGUCUCUGACCAGUAUGAGCCCUUGUGUAGAGAUUCUGUUCUCUGAAGUGCAAAGUGCUGAGUAAUUUUCUCUUUAUCCCCACAGAGGUUGCUUUGUAGUUCUUGGUAGAGUUAAGACUACAAAUUGCCUACUAAGAGAUUAAGAGAAAAAGCUCUAGGUUUUACAUAAAACUGUUUAGAGCUGCUCUUCCCCAGGUUUUCCCACCACUUUUAGACCCUUUAUAGUCUUCCACAGAUUUUUGUGUCCAUGACUGUUUCAAAGGCCCUCAUCUCUCAGUUGCCAAAACAGAAGAAAUAUUUCCCAGUGCAUUUUUUUCAGCCUUUGCUGGUAAUUUGCAGUGGCCUGGAGGAGGUCUUUCCUGCAGGCCCACAGCAUGAGGUUAGAUGUGUCAGAUCCAACUGGUUUCCUACUUAGGGCAGGGUUGCUUUGCCUUUAAUGUCAGACAGCCAGGGCAUAUUCCAGUGCAGCAUGUCUGGAAACCACUGGGCUUUGUGGGGCAGUUAAUUGAAGCAUUAAUUGGAGAGGCUAUGCUUGUCUGGUUUGUUUAUUUCUAGCCCUCAAGAAUUUACUUUCAGACCUUGCCAGCUCUUUGCCUGCCUCAGUGUUCCUGAUCUCCCUGUCAGCUGUUCUGCCACACUUAGAUGAUAUUCCACCAAGUCUGAAGGAGAAUUAAAACAGUUUAGCACCUUCACUACUAAAAAUUUACAGGAGAGUAUCUGUUUCAUGAAGCAGAGGAAACUGUUUCCAACAGCCGAAGGUCUGGACUUGCUGUUUGCUCAGGUUGUUUGUGUUGGUUUUGAGGUUCUCUAGUGUUGUUUGGUUUGUGUAGGAGAUUGCCAGAGAGCAGAUGCAGCAGCUUGUGCAGUGUCUUUUUUUUUUCUCUGCUACAGCUCUUAAGCUUUAUCUUUCAAGGAAUUUGGGGGGUGAUUUGCCUCCCCAGAAUGUGGGUUCUGAUCCAGCAUGCCACAUGUGUGUGGGAAUAAAAUUCUGCAAGCUUAACAUCUGAUGUUCAUGGUCACACAUGUACUGAAAAAAAGGCUUUAAUGUUUUUAAAAUGCUUUCUUCUUCUUAAGAACAGGUGGGUUAAAUAGCCAAUAAGAAAACACUUAACUACAGAUAAAAAUACUUGAAGAUGUUGAGUGAGAAUUCUUUCCUGACAAAUUCCUAAGAAUUGUUAAUUGUGGCUUUUGUACAGAUUUCUAGUAAUUUUCUUAUUUAAUGAAAUUUUCAUGGUGAAUAUAUGCUCAGUUGGGCCAUAGAUCCUCUAUCUUCUUAUAGUGGGGUUUGGUUUUGUGUUUAAUGGGAUUUCACUGUGAGCCCCAGCUUGGGGUGAGUGCUCAAACCAAACCUUUCCCACUCCUGCCAGGUUUAGUUUUGGCUGUUAGGUGUGUAUAGUGAGUUUACAAGGUGUUUCUCAGCACUUAGAGCUGUAUCACAGUCUGUUAUGUUUAUUCCCCUAUUAAAGCAUGACUUUAAUGCA